AUGUCUAAAUCCCAUUUAUCCACUCCUCGUGCUGCAAGUACCGCAUCACGUAAAUCUCUUGGUGUUAGAUCGAUGGUACAACAGCCGCAUAUGGUAGGUACUUUAACUUACAAGCCAAUGCGCGCCAAAUCGAAAGCAUCAAAAAUGUCAACAUAUGAACGAUUAAAUCCAUUAUUACCAACAAAAAACGCAAAUAUACCAAAGGAAAAGCGCUUGGCAAACUUGAUUUCAACGUUUGCCGCUAAACUUAAUCCGUUUUUACUUGAUGAUUCGGCAAAUCAAUUAGAAUACUUCGAAAUUUACAGAAAACUCAAAGCUAAAGUUAAUGAUAAGAAUGAUUUCUGGAAUUCCUGGUUUGAAUUCAAAACAAAAUUUUUAGAUGACGUUGAAUCGGCAAAGGAAGAAUAUAAAGAUUCCAGAGCACCAGAAAAAGUCAUACAAAUGUGUCACGACAAUUUCAACAAAUUCUCACAAGAAAUUUCCGAAAUUCGAAACAAUCAUAGAAAUAAAUUUAAGAAAUUUUAUCAUCCUAAGUUCAAAGAAUUAAUGAACGAGUUCAACCAAAUGCAAAAGAUCAUUGAUACCAAGCUCAAAAGGCACAACGAACUGAAACUUUUUAUUCGCGACCUCCAGUUCAUUAUUAUUCAGCUCGAGAGCUUCCAAGACAUGCUUCCUGUUGAGCACGACAGAUUCUUUAGCGAACCAUUCGAUCCACAAUUUACAGAUACUCAAUUUUCAAAAGCUCAAAUUGUUUCUAUGGUUUUGGCACCGAUUAAAGACACAAUUACAUCAUUAAAGAUGUUUAUGGACCCAUCGAUUGUUACAGAGCAAGCAAGCAGUGAAAUCCAAAAGAUCGAAGAUUCAAUAAAGAAUUUGAUCGGAGACCCAUCGAAUAGAUUGCAGGCCAGGUACAAAUCGGAGAAGGGCGACAACAUGAAUGACGAAGAAGCCUCAAAAAUCAGUGAUUUGAAAGGAAUUAUUCAAGAACUCGAAGAACAAAAAUCCCAGCUUGAUUCGGAGCUCCAGGAGAAACUAAGUUACAAGGAGUCGAAGAUAAACGAGAUUACAAGGCGCUCUGAAGAAUGGGAGAACGAGAAAAAAGAAAUUCAAAAAGAAAUCAAGAAUUUGUCCAGUUCCGGAAAUUCUCCUGAGAACCAAGCAAAGAGGAUCAAGCAGCUCGAAAAGGAAGUCCAAGAAAAGGAAUCCGAGUUAGCAAAAUACGAUGAAUCAAAUACAAAGCAACAGUACAAAGAAAACCAGAAGAAAUUCGAGGAAUUAAGGAAUCAGCUCAAAACAAUACAGACUGAUAUCAUUUAUCAGAGAGCUCUCAUACAAGUUAAAUCAAAUUCACUUUCACCUGAAGUGAAGACAUCGUAUACACGAUAUUUGGAACUUAUUAAGUCAACAUCUUCACAAGAACACCAGUUGGAAUCGAUUCAAUUCGUUACAAAUAAUUAUCGAAAUUUCCAACAGAGAUUCAAAGGCCAAUCACCAAAUCUUCCGCCUGUCGAGGACCCAUUAGAUCGUUUGCAGUUAAUGGCUGAUAAAAAUAAGGCUUCUUUUGACAAAAUUGAAGAAUUGAUUGAAGAAAACUACAAGAUAAAGGACAAAUUACUAGCUGCCCGCACUGAGAUGGCUUCAACAUAUGCAUUAGAAGAGAUCAAUGCCGAACAAGGCAAAAAAUACCAAAGAGCGAUCAGAAGAUUGCAGAAAAUCAUUACUUCAGAACCUCUCGCUCAGGACACACGUCCGGUCCCAAUUGUUUGGGCCGAAGCAUUGUUGAAGCGAGCCGAAAUUUCUGAAGUUCAAUGUAAAAUUGAUUCAUUCACAAAAGGAACAGAAGGAUCGGAACUCGCCCACAACAUCAAAGAUAGUGUUUCUCAGUCAAUGGUUAGUGUUCAGGCGAGAGAAAACGCUUUGUCAACAGUAAUUAAAUCAAUUGAAGAUGGAGAUAUUGAAAACAUUGAAGAAGAAGCAAAUAGAGUUGAAAAGGAAUCAGAAAGAGUCAAGAGAGACCUUGACAAUUACUCUGCUGCCGUCAAAAAGAUCGAAGAUAAACUUCAGCUCAAAGGAAAUGGCGGAGACCUCAACGACAGAAUUGCCGCAAUUAUUGCUGUUAUAUCUAAGAAGUGA